AUGAAGCGACCCACCUCCGUGCGGCAACCCGCACCGGCGAACGCACAGCGGGCGAGCACCGUCGUGGGUAGUAGCGGAGCGGCCGCUAGUAUCAACAGGUGUAUCAGUCUUUACAGGGCCGCGCCAGUGCUGGCAGCCGUGAAUGCCACUACUACUACCGCCGCUAGUGCAUCUCCUCCAAUGCCGUCGCGCCCUUGUGGUGGGCCGGCGGACAGCAGCAACGGCUCGCACUCACCGAAGCGGUCGAACGUCUCGAGCUUUCUCACCCCACGUAGACUGAAUGCGUCUGCUCAGAAGACGGUAGCGGCACCACCGCCGUCCCCGCCACAGCACGCGCAGUGGCCUCAUGAUGCAGUACCCAAUCUUCGGCCAAUCCCCUUUGCCUCCCCCACCCCAUCUGGUGGGACGCCAUCAAGGAGAUGCGCGCGACACAUCCCCGCGUUGUUGAGUGGUACGCAACCGCGCAGCGCCACGGUGACCACUGUCACCGCCACGAAGUCCUCCGGCUCGCCACGCUACGAAGGUGGAUAUGAACCUCCUCGAGUGGAGCGUCUUGCCGCUGUAGGCAUCUUUUCUGCACAGAAGUUAAUACCGAAGCCUGCGCCUUCGGCAAUCGAGUCGUCAGGUGCGUCCCUCCUGACCGAUAAUUUUGUUGGUAAUCAAGCGAAUUCAGAGUCGGCAAAUGGUGCUGCUCAGUCGACCUCAUUCUCAGCACCGUCAGCGGCGGCGUGCGACAGAGCAAAGAAGCGGGCAGCUGCGAAAACACAUGUCAAGGCAGUGACUGUGCACCGAAGAAGCGCUCCACCAGCUAUGACGGCAAUCGGUGCCUCUCCACCGACGCUGAUACCAACGAAAGCGUCCCAGCCACGCCCAUUGUCGGCACGCGCGAUCCCCGUGGCGAACAAGACGAGUACGGCAGAGGUGGCGGAUGCCAUGCUUCGGGCCCAACAAUCAUCAUCUUACACCAGUGCGCGCUUGUCGUCACUUCCGUUUCAAGUCAGCGAGGCGACACCGCCUCUCGCCUUCGCUACAGCAAGCAGGAAAAACAGCGCCUGGUCAUCUGACCCCACAAACCGCUCAGUCGUUCUAGGGGCCUCUGGUGCGACUCUCGAGCCUUCGGUGACAUCACGACGCCCCACGUGGUUGGAAAGUGUGGACGAAGAAGACACCGUCGUUACCGGCGCGGAGAGCAUCCCUGUCUCUGCAGCGGCGAACCCCACCUAUCCACUGGCGGGCGGUUCCUCAACGGCGUUACGGUCGGCUGCACCGGUGAAGGUGACACUACGGACGUCUGCACUGAUGACCACGACGGCACCAGCACCGGAGCCCGCUGUCGUCAAGCCCGCAAAGAAGAGGUCAGAGGCAGAGUCGACGUUUGCAAGCGCCGCUUCCACCGCUGACGGAGGGGGCGCUGGCAAAGACCAAGAGAGGAGCUCAGGCCCCACGGCGGCUGUCAAUGCCAAGGCAGCGCGGCGGUCACUCACACCAGAGUCGAUCUCGCAGGUGAGGAAGUCGAGGGGCACGACGCAAAAUACCACCAACGCUGCACCAACUCCGCCCCUCAGCUCUUCCCCUCAGACGCUGCACCAGCCGAUCGCAAUGGCGGCGGGCGUCUCGUCGUGCACCCCAAAGUUCUCCUCCAGUACUGGUAAGACGAACCGCUCUACACCCGCGCGUGGAGCAGCUUCCCCGAGCAAGAAUCCCGACAUGUUGCGAGGUGGGGUGCUGCCGCGUGCGACACCAACGACUGGAGCGCCUACAGCACCAGCCGCCGCCGCUGCUGCACCCGUUGUCACCUCUACGCCAUUUCACGCGAGCGAGGUGUACAGCCAACACGCAGCCACCAUCCUGAGCCAGACGUUGUCCGUCGUACGACCGAUGGCGCCGGUCGUGCAUGUGCGCAUUCGCCCGGUGCUGCCGUCCAUCGGUGAGAGCAGCAAAGGCCGGUGCGUCUUCUUCCUCGAUCACGAGAACGUCAUGGUGACACGCACUUGCCCAGGAAUCUCUGCCGCCAACGCCUCUUCACUCAUGCCGCCCUCAUCCCUGGUCGAGCCCACGAUGGUCCGACGCAGUGGCACGAAUGGGCAAAUCGUACCUGCCCUGCAGCUGUCCAACCUCAACUCGCGCACGCGGAGCCCCUCGUCUGGCACCAGAGGUGUAAGUGCCGCUCCGCCGUUGCGAGCGGCAGCAGGUCGUGGUGGCGGAGGCAAAGUGCUCGUGUCAUCCACAGAUGCACUGCGUACCGCGGAAGCUUCCGCGCCGAUGAAGGCGGCAUCCCCCGCGUGCUUCUACGGUAAAGACUUGGCACAGCUGCACUCACUUGUGGCUGCUGAAAGUCUGAUGGCCUCGAAGACUUCUGCUGUAGCUGCCGGUGCUGACCUGCCCAGUGGCACCGACGAGGGCAACAUUCACGUCUCUCCCUCGAGCCUUAGCCCUGCAUCGGAGAACCUGCAGCCGCUCUCCUUGUUUCCACCCCCGCCACUGGCGGCGCAUCACAACCGCACCACAAGCUGGACGAGUCAGGGGAGUGAGGAGCGCUCUCCCAGCAGUCGUUUGUCUUGCGGGUCGCCGUCCACGUCUGUAUCGCCACAGCAGCUCGGUUUCGGCUCGUCAAGAAGCGGCGCUGAGGUUUCCAUGGCCUUAGGCACCUUCGCUAGCGUAUCGCGCACGCGUCCGUGGCUGACAACGUUCAAGUCGUUCACAGAAGAGGAGACGUCGUCGCUGUAUGCGACCCCUCGGGAGCUGAAGGCGGGGAGUACAUCGGGUGGCGCGUGCGCCCCCAGUAGUACCGGUAGGCACUGCAGCAGCGGCGGCGCUGCACGCGGCGGGUGCACCACCCCAGCACUGCAGCACCGGGCUAAAGGUCCGGGGAUCGAGAGGAAGCCAUGCUACGGCGGUGUUUCACUCUCGACUGCGUCUUGCAUCACCGAGCGCAGGAACUCCGCAGCCACGAUCACGACUGGCGUCAGCCCGCGCAAAGCCGCAACCACCGCCCCGUCUCCUGUCAGCACGCGCCGGCGUGCGUCGCGUUCAAUCCUCGGUGCAUCCGUGAGUGUUUCGGCCAUGUCGAUACCGACAAUGCCCAAGACCAGUGGGGGCUUCAUGAAUGGCGCAAAGCUGGCCGAAGAGGAUGCUGUCGCGGAGCCAAAGGAGGCUCAUCACGACGAAGGGAGGCUGCAGCAGCAACAGACGCCUCUUGGAAACUGCAGCAUAUCCCCGCCCGGCGCUGCCACGUGCGGGGAGCAGCACUACAGCUUCGAGUUUGUGCACGACGAGGAGGCAACGCAGGCGGACGUCUUCGAAGAGAGCGUGUUGCACUUUGCUGACGAAGCACUGCUCGCGCAAAAUGUCGCUAUAAUUUGUUAUGGCCCUACAGGCAGUGGCAAGACGUACAGCAUGAUGGGAAGCCAAGUCCAGCCGUUCUCCACCUCCCAGUCAUCGUUCGGCUCCACACCCUUCCGGGCAAGUGGGGAAAAGAGGCACCACGGCGGGGUCGUCAGCACCUCCUGUGCCCGCUUCCCACCGCAGUCCGACUCGAAUGGUCCCACACCACCUGGCCCCGGCAGCACUGGCGAGAAGGAACGACAGAUCAUUGACGAGGCCGCAGCUGGGGUGGAUGGAAGAGGCGCGGGGAGGGAUGCACAUGCGGUAGAGGACGAUGACGAGAGCGACGGCACCAGCUGUCCAAAGCUCGGCUCAACAUGGGAGUAUCACUACGUCAAACACACAUCUAAGGGAAACGGUGACUCAGCUGCAGCAGCAGCGCGGCGUAAUCACCAACGUUACUCCCACACUGACGGCGGUGAAGGGGCUGCCUUGACGUCCUCAGCGAUGAUGUUCGAAUGCGCUGCGGCACCCGGGAGCAUGACGGAGAUGGGCAUCCUCCCACGGUUAGUCCACACCCUGCUGGAGCGCCGUGGCGAGGCCAUUACAAUUCGGCGAGACCCCGGCAGGGAAGUGGGGGGUCGGAGCGCACAUAACUUACAGUCGAACUCGCGGCCGACGUCAACACUGAAGCGCGCCGGCGGUCUCUCCCUGACUCUCCGAGAUCUCACCUUCUACGGCAUCGAACUGUACAUGGACGAGCUGUGCGACUUGCUGGACCCCGGGAAGCGACCGAUUCCAACCGUCAGCGACACAGGUGGCUUGGAGGUGUUGUGUCAGCGCAUCAACGAAGCCCGCGACUACCGUAUCAGCGGCAGCCGUGGUGGUGCCAGCCACGGCACCACGAAGACUGCCCGCACCGGUGGCGGAAUGCCGAUCACGUCUCUGGCUGACCUGCGCCGCGCGUAUCACCUCGCCCACGGGAACCGCGUCACGGCGCGCCACGCAAAGAACGACGCGAGCUCCCGCUCCCACGCCAUUUUUCUCUUGCAGCUCGACUUUGAUUUGAUCGAGUCAACCGACGAGCCUCGCCGCCGCGCUGGUAGCGGGGCAGCUUCAGCGAGAGACGGGGGUGCUGCGGCGCCGCCUCUCCCGUCGGAGCAUGUGCAGCGCGUGCACUCGUAUGUCGCCAUGGUGGACCUGGCUGGCUGCGAGCGGGUGAAACAGACCAAGGUAGAAGGGGCCGCGUUACGUGAGGCACAGUACAUCAACAAGUCUCUCUCGGCCCUCUCGUCGGUGGUGCUCUCGCUGCACCACAACAAUGCCCAUGUGCCGUACCGCGACUCUAAGCUGACGCGACUGCUGCGGCCUUGUCUCGAGGGUGGCCGCGUUCUCACUCUCGUUCACGUAGCACCGUGUUCUAGUACGGAGGCAAUCAGUACGCUGAAGUUUGCAGACCAGAUCCGUCACAUCCACAUCCCCACCCACGCCCUCACUGCGACAUCAUCGAAGCACCGCGAGCUGCUGGAUGUGUUUGCUGACCUCAUUGACCCGAUGCAGGGGCACUGGGAGUCGCAGGUGCGGCAGUCACAGUUGCAGCUGGACCGGCUUUGCGCUGACGUACGACUGUUGUACUUCUCGCGUGCUGUCGGUGCCAUUCCGCACCGCACAGCUUCCAAGGAUGCGUUGGCCAGCGAUGUCGUUAGCGAGAUCUCAGCGAUGUCCGAGGUGGACGAGAUCAUCUCCAUCUCCUCCGGUGACGUGAGCCAAGAGGAGGGCCCGCAACCGCUGACAGAGAAUGCCACGGAGGCCGAUAAGCGUCGCUUCGCCCUGCUCACCGUGAUGCACCGACUCAUGGGGCCCAUUCACUUACAUCAGCGUACGUCCAUGCGAGAUGCCGUGCGAGCGAUCCAGUGUCGCGAGGAACAUAGAGUGCUUGCCCACCGUCAGCAGGUACAGCGGCGCAUCGAUAAGCUGCAGGCGACGUUGCAGGAACUGACGACGGCAAACGCGAAGCUGGCGAAGGAGAACAGUACCCCGCUCCCGCGAGAUCCGCACGCGUUAGAGCUGAGUCGCCGCAUUCGUGAGAGCACCGAGGAGCUGGGGGAGUACACCAAAGAGCAGGCAGUUCUCAUCUCUCUCACCACCGCCCUACGGCAGCGCCUUGCCGCGCAGGACGACCUGGAGGCGGCGGUAGAUGAGCAACUACACAAGGUGCAGCACCGCACCGAGCAGGCCAUGCGAACCCUCUCUGCCGCUGUCGCCGCUCACCCACCUGGUGGUCCACCUGCCGGGUCGGGAACGACGUUACCCAAGGAGCCCACGCUGCCCACCGACACCUCGACCACUACCGCGCUGGCGAUGAGCACGAAGGACGACCCAGAGCUACGCGACAUCGCACAUCAGCAGCUAUCACUUGCGAAGGAGCUCGCAGCUUUGCGGCUUGAGACGGCGUGCUUCGAGAUCGGGACCGGUCUGUGGGAGGGUCUGUGGGCUCGCGCGAUGCGUAAGGAAAUCAUUACAGCUAUGGAGGUGGAGGUCUUUGCGAUGGAGCGUAUUCUACUUGAUCGACGGGCGUUCUCGAUGAUGAUGACCAGCGAUGUCGAUGUGGAUGGCGAGGACGGAUGCGUGGGGGACGCCGAGACGGGCCUGACUGCGUUACCCCUGACACCGAAAGCUGCAGCAUACCCUGGAAACGGCCUUGGCUCCGUCGAGCGGAACGAACGCGACACAAGUGUCACUACCGCCGAACACCAAGUCUCUGCGCCACUGAUGCAUCCGUCCCCAGAGUCGUCGCCACCCGGAGUCCAUCUCUCAGUGCCAGUGUCCUCACACUCAGCACUGUGGUCACGCCUAGGCAGUUACCUGCACCGUAGGGCCGAGUCGUGCGACGGGAGCGGCGGAGUCGCUACGUCGCAUAGGAGCGCUAACAAGGUCGAGGGAGGGGCUGCAGUGCCGCUCAGUUCUUUAGUGCUGCAGCGCUCGCGUCGGGACCGUGCGGUGGACCUCGCUACUACAACCGCAAGUGACAAGUCUGUCAGUUUUGCAACCAAUUCGUUCAGCGCCGUUGCGUCGAGCAGCGAGGGCCUGCGCCUGCGCAGUGCGCUAGCUCCUGUUGCUGGUGUCGUGCCCUCGUCAUCGCCAUGCAGAGGGCUUGAGGGGCUGGUACCAAACCCACUGACGGUGCUGAUGACAGGUGAGCAGCAGAAUCAGACCCAACACCAGAUGGGCUCUAUCUCAUCCUUGCCAUCGUCGCGCCACAACAGCAAUGCCGCGGCCGUUGUGGCGGCGCUUAUGCCACUUUCUCUUGCUGGCUCCUAUGAGGAGGAGCAGUCGAUGCAAGAGGCGUCUCUGCAGAUGCUGUUACGAGAUGGCAUUCCAUGUGAGGUGUGCUGCUUGGGCGAGUCGGCCAGCUACACCCUUCAGCACUACAUCCUGCCUAGCAGCGCCGAUGCACCCCUGAGAGAGGAGGCCAGGCAUGAGGAUCCGGCGACAAAUUUUUCCGCCGCGCCCGACCGCUACCCCGCCACGGAGGACUCCGGCGCGACCGAAAAAGAGAGCGACGCUAGUUGGCUUGCCUCGGCACGCAAGGGCCAUAUAACUACUCGGGAGUGGUCGUCGUCGAGGCAGCCUUGCGAGCGUCCUGGCGGGCCCACGGUUGGGCUUUGUACCACUCGUCAGGGUCGCCUGCGACUCGUGCGCAUACCGCGCCGGCAGAACUGCUAUGUGCUCGAGUUUCUCUACACCCACCAAGGGCUCCCGAUGGCGCCGAGGCUGCAGGCCGCGGUGCUGGGAAAGUCGGAAGACACAUUCACAUCGAUUCCAGGCAAGACCCACCUGGAACAGAUGGUGGAUGCUCUACCGUCGGUGCAAGGUGCCGCAGGUCGGGGUGGUGGCGGUGGCAGCAGCGGCAGCACCGCCACCCAGCCACAAGGCCCAUUGCGCGAGCACCGCCUGUUCGCGAUCCCCCUGUUCGACCCCACACUUCACCUGCACAUGCACGUGUUGGAGGAGGGCAUACCAAACAUGACGACGCCGGUGGCGGCGGCUGUGGGCCUACCGAGCGGUGGCGAUGCUCCUGCAGUUGCUGGCUCGACCUUCGAAGAUGCUAGUGAUCCCGGUGGAUCCGUCAUAUUCACAUCCCCUUCCCCGCCUUUCCCUGCAUUGUGCGUCGCUCGGCGUCCGGAAGAUGGGCCGCAGCUUGUGGUAGAGGUGCGCGGCGUGCCACAGACAUCCUCGACAUGUCGACGGAUGAUCACUGCCGACACCAAGCAGAAGCCAAAGUCUAACCAGAAGCGUCAGCAGAAGCCCCGCUCGCCGAACAAGACGACUGCCAGGGCAGGCCAGGCGGCGGGGCCUGCGCUUCACGGUGGUCAAGCUCAGCACGCAGUUGGCCGCAGUCCUUCUCGGCCCUCCGCGUCUCGAGCUCCAGCAGGGACUAGGGCGGGGGUCUGGAGCGGCCUCGUGCUGGCGAAGCGGCUCAGUAGCGGUGGAGAGUUGAUGUUGCCGUCCUCCUGCAUCCUUGCAAACACAGGCUGCUGCUCGUUGGUGCUGCGCUUUCCUGCUCCUUUCUUUGCUUCCUCCGCGUUGCGCGUGGAGAGGGUGGAGGCGGUGGUCGGGGCGCUCUGCGGAAUCCUGCGCCCCUCCCUGACGGCGCCAGAGGUGCGGCCGUCGUCGUCGCUGUCUUCGUCUAAGCAAGUUGGUAGCGCGCGACGGCGUCUCUCCAGUUCUCCCUGGUCCACCUCUGCAGGCGGCACGGAGAGGGGCGGUAGCAACAAUGGUGACCAACGGCGCAGCAGCGUGUCGCGCUCGCCACUGUCGAGCGCAUGCGCGCCGCCCGGGCUGGAGGUCGUAGACUACGCUCACAUUCCAUACACCAUAUUUCUGGGCUCUGGCAGUCCUAUUCGUUCCUCCCCAUCCAGGGCAACAAGUGUGGGAGACGGCGUAGAAGGCCUCGGCUACGGGCCCUUCGCCUCUGGACACCCAAGUGCGUCGUUUGGCAACGCGGCCGCGCUGGCCUCGGCCUCCUCAUCGGCGAUCAGCAGCGACUCACUUGACGACCUGGGCGUGUUGAGUGGAGGUGUACUGGGGGACACGUUGCAAAGCAGCUUUAGCCAAGGGCACGGGCGCUACAUUGCUACCACCAUGCCACCCGACACAUCUCUGCUGCAGCAUAACACCUCUUUGAACGGCUUGCCGAGGCCAUCCCGUGGCAGUUCAAUGUUGGGCCCUCCCGCAGCACCGUUGAUGGAUCAGCGGUGUGGUGCAACGCUGCAGGUACAGUUUUACUGGAUAGCAACGCCUCUCAACAUGGAGUCACCCCACCUGGACGCGGGCCGCAAGAACAGCAGCGGUGCAGGCUGCAGCAGCGCCAACGACGGAGGCGGUGAUAAUGGGGCAGCGAGGCGGCACACCAUUGGCAGUAGAUUUUCCUCCCAACCCAACACGCAUACCACCGCUUCCACGGACACGUCGGUGGAGGCAGCAGAGGUCGGGGUUGAUCGCCUCGUACGGUCGCAGGUGAAAGCCGCACUUUCCAUUUUGGCUCAGUUCUCCUACGUCUUUGUUGAUGGUCGUCCUCGCAGCGAUGUCGCUGACGUCGGUGAAGGCACUGCUGCCUCGUCCCUGGGCUCGACGCUCACAGCGAGCUUCAGUGCGCACGACGUGCGGCGGCCAUUGGUCCUCGAGCACGGUAGCCAUCGACGGAGCCAGUCAGAGGCGGACGCCGCGCGUUUCCGCGAUGCCGUCGCCGUCACUUCCCUUCUGCGACAGCUUGACACGUACCGCCAUCGAAUCCGCCGCCUGUUCCGUCAACAGCUGUACGACGCUGAGGACAUUAUUGGCGACGACGUGGCGCCACCCGCGCUGCAGUCGUGGCUCAGUGGCGAGCUUGGACGCGGCGCCUACCUGCGUGAGGUGCAGGGUGAGGUGAAGCGCACAGUUGGGCUUCCGGCGUCGACCGUCUUGAGCAGCGCUAGCGGCGGUGCGGCGCCGCUGCUGAUGAUGUCAUCUGACUGGCACUCAAGAGGCGACGACCGAGGCACGGAUGCAGCGCUGUUGGAGCCCGAGAGCGGUGACGCUGGCCCCAACACGCAGGUGACGGUCACCGACGCGCGAGAGGCGUGUGCGAAAACGGUACCGUGGACUGUGUGGCAGUGGGCAUACCGCUGGCCUCUGCUGCAUCGACUUUUGCGGGGGGACUCGGUGACCCGCCUGGGCAGCGGGGACGCUUGCCCCGCAGGACGUCCUUGCGUUAGUCAGGCAGAGGGGACUUCCGCAUGGCUACCUCUGGCGGCUCACAGCAGCAGCAGCGCAGCAUUGGUGACUGUGACGUCGUCGCCUUUUCUCGCGUCUUGCUCCAUGGUUGCCUCGCCAACCUUUGCUUCCAGCUCCUCGAGCUCCGACGAGGGGUUCGUGAUGGAAGGUGACUGGCUCACGGAGGCGAAGCUCGCGGCGCGUUCAAAGCGGGUGUGGCUGCCGGAAGUGUUCACCGCUACGGUACCGUCUUACUUGGAGAACUGCUCCUAUGCGGGCCUUUAG